UUCACUUUCACUUCUCCUUCCAGCUCCGGGCAGCUUUUUUCCUGAUGGUUUUUGUGCACUGAGGAACUUGUGUGGUGCCUGGAUGCCCCCAGACUGAAGGAGGUAAAGCCCACGGUGAUAAAGCCAUGGGAAGUGAUAUUCUUUGUUGGAACAGCUUAUCUUUGAGACUGGUGUCUGUCUGCUUGCUGUGUGCAUCGGUUGGAAAACAAUGUCAAAUCAGAAAUACAAUGGCAGACUGCAGUCACCUAAAACUGACUCAAAUUCCUUCUGAUCUCCCAAACAAUAUAACUGUUUUGGACAUUUCUCAUAAUCAGCUGAAAAAACUGUGUCCUGCAAAUCUGACCAAGUACAGCAAGCUGGUUUACUUAAAUGCAGGAUACAACAUCAUCUCUAAACUGCAACCAGAACUAUGCAAAAAUUUGCCCCUGUUGCAAAUUUUGGUGCUAGAACAUAAUCAAUUGCAUGAGCUCCCUGAUGGUGCAUUUGCUUCCUGCACCAACCUGACUGAGCUCAAUCUAGGAUACAACAUAAUAGAUGUAAAAAAUGAUCCUUUCAAAACCCUGGAGAACUUGAAUAUUUUGGAUCUAACUCAUAAUCACUUGAAGUCAGCAAAUUUAGGAUUGGAACAGCAGCUGAAGAACCUCCGUGAGCUUGUGCUGUGUGGAAAUCAAAUCACUGAGUUAAAAAAGGAAGACCUCAGUUUUCUUAGCAACACUUCAUUGAGUAGUCUUGAUUUGUCAUCGAAUCCCCUGAAAGAGUUUCACACAGGAUGUUUACGUGCAAUUGGAAAUCUGUUUGGCCUUAUACUGAACAAUGUUGAACUUGGUGAAAAUUGCACAAAGAAACUUUGUACAGAAUUAUCAAACACAGCAAUUCAGAACCUCUCACUGAGCCAUGUGAAGCUUUCAUACAUUAACAAGACAACUUUCCAGGGACUGCAAGGAACAAAUCUCACAGUUUUAAACCUUUCCAAAAAUUCUCUUUCUGUGAUAGAAGACGACUCUUUUCAGUGGCUUUCAAAUUUAGAGUACUUAAACCUGAAGGAUAACAUUAUUCGUGUAUCUUCACGUUCAUUUCAUGGAUUGUCCAGCAUCAAACAUCUGAAUCUGAUAAAUUCACUCACUGGGAAAAUUGAAGAUUUUUCCUUCCACUGGUUAUACCACCUGGAGUACCUUUUAAUGGAUAACAACAAUUUUCCACGAAUCACUACUAAUAUGUUCACAGGACUGAACAACCUUAAAUACCUGAGUCUUUCUAACUGCAACAUAAACUUACAAAGAAUAACUAAUACAACAUUUUUAUCACUUGCUAAUUCCAGCUUGCAGGUUCUCAACCUCACAAAAACAAGAAUCUCUACAAUAGAAAGUGGGGCAUUUUCCUGCUUGGGACACCUGAAAAUUCUCGAUCUUGGUCUUAAUGAAAUUAGUCAAGAGCUCACAGGUCAUGAGUUUAAAGGUCUCAAUAAUAUACAGUAUAUUUAUCUUUCCUAUAACAAAAACUUGACUUUGCGAAGUGAAUCAUUCUCUUUUGUUCCAAGCCUUAGAAUGCUCAUGCUAAGGAAGGUAGGUUGCAGUAAUCUGGCAAUUUCUCCUUCACCUUUUCAUCCUCUACAAAAUCUGACUGUCCUGGAUGUCAGCAAUAACAACAUAGCAAACAUAAAGGAAGAUUUGUUUGAUGGACUUCACAAACUUGAUAUUCUGAAUUUGCAGCACAACAAUUUAGCUCGGCUUUGGAAACAUGCAAAUCCGGGAGGCCCUGUUCUUUUUUUAAAAGACCUUCCCAACUUGCAUAUUCUAAAUUUAAAAUCAAAUGGGUUUGAUGAGAUUCCAGUUCAGGUUUUCAAGGGUCUGUUUCAGUUAAAAUAUUUGGAUUUAGGAUCAAAUAAUUUGAAUCUGCUUCCGGCAACUUUAUUUGAUGACCAAACCUCUCUGAAUUCAUUGAACCUUCAGAAAAAUCUAAUAACCUCAGUUGAAGAAGAAGUGUUUGGCCCAGCUUUCAAGAACUUGAGAAAGCUAGAGAUGGAUUCCAAUCCAUUUGAUUGCACCUGUGAAAGUAUUGCUUGGUUUGCUAGUUGGCUUAAUGCGACCCAAGCAUAUAUACCUGGAUUGCAGUCUCAGUACAUUUGCAACACUCCGCCUAAGUAUCAUGGUACUCUGGUGUUGCAUUUUGAUAGCUCAGCCUGCAAAGACAGCGCUCCAUUUAAACUUCUGUUUGUGAUCACUACUACAGUUGUGAUGCUACUCAUUUUUAUUGUUCUUCUCAUCCAUUUUGAAGGGUGGAGAAUAGCUUUCUACUGGAACAUUUCAGUAAAUCGAAUACUUGGUUUUAAAGAACUUGAUAGACUACAGGAAGAGUAUGAUUAUGAUGCUUACAUUAUUCAUUCAAGACACGACAAGAAUUGGGUGUUGAAGAAUUUCAUCUCUCUGGAAAAAAAUAAGCAAUUUGAAGUUAGGUUUUGUUUAGAAGAACGGGACUUUGAAGCAGGCAUAUCAGAAUUUGAAGCCAUAAUUAACAGUAUAAGAAGGAGCAGGAAGAUUAUUUUUGUUGUGACUGAGCAUCUCUUAAAGGAUCCCUGGUGCAAGAAGUUUAAGGUGUAUCAUGCUGUUCAGCAAGCUAUUGAACAAAGUCGGGACUCCAUCAUAUUGGUCUUUCUUCAUGACAUCCAAGAUUACAAGUUGAAUCAUGCACUUUGCUUGAGAAGAGGAAUGUUCAGAUCUCGCUGCAUCUUGAAGUGGCCAGCCCAGAAAGAAAGAGUCAAUGCAUUUCAUCAGCAAUUAGUGAUGGCACUUAAAUCUAAUAGUAAAGCACGGUGAAUGUUGAUGGUCAAACUGUCAGCUUUCUAUCAUUAGAAAACUAGCAAGCUGUCAGUAAAAAAUGAAAAAAAUUUUGUCAUGCUGGAAAAAUACAAGAGUCACUAAUUUAAAUUUAGUUGUCUACAGUGCAAUUCACCUGCACCAAGGUGGCAUUAUUUAAAGUGGACUACAGUUGAUAGUCAUUUCAGUCUGUGUAUCAAAAAGCAGUUGUGAAAUGACUGAAUUCUGAAAAUUCUGAAUGACUGAAGUCCUAGGGAAAAUGUCCGUCUGAUAUAAUGCGGAAAAGCCAUGGGCUCUCCCCUUUAAAUGGGUAUGUUAAAGAGAAUUCAAUAGAAAGUAGAAUGGACACUACCAUUUGUUUUCAAAACAGAAGGGGUGAUUCAGAGAGAUUAAACUUGAAAAACUUUCUAUAUGAAACACAGUAAGUAACAUGGAAAUUAUUUCUGUAGUCAAAGCCACUGAAAAGGAACAAACCAGACAGAAUUCUGUAUUGUAAUUUCUUAUACAUUAAUUUGGCUGUUUCUUCCUUCCUUCUUCUGUACUUUUCAGAAGCACAGAGUAGUAGGCAAUUGCAUAGUAUUAAGAUACAGAUUUACAGGCUAGUAGCUUGAUCUGGAGAGAGCUGAGAAUGAGGAAAAUGUGCUCUGAAAUGAUGUUUAUCAUGUCUGAGACAGUCUGCAAUUUUAUGGAGUGUUUGAGCACAACUUAUUGACUCUACACAGUUAUUUGUAUGUUUCUAUUAAUGUUUAAUUGCUCCUUCAGAGGACCUUUCAAACUUUGUCUUCAUCAAUUUUUAGUACUUGUUUGGUCCUUCGUUAGCUGAGGAAUAUUUUUACUGUUUUUUCCCUAGCAUUUCUCUCCUCAACUUCAAUACCACCAUUAUACCAAGAAUGUUGUUUUACUGCUUUAGACAAUAGAUUUCAGAUGGUUCGAUAGUUAACAUUUUAAGCAGCUUUUCUUAUGAUUUGUUACAUUCAUAGAUGAAAAACAUCGGGUUUUAAUAGGUUUCUGCGUCCCAUGAUGACAGAAAAUAAAUGAGAAAUAUUUAAUGAAACAGGUUUUGCAUGCGCAGGAAGAGUGAAAGGAGUGUUGACUGCCUUCAGUUGCUCAGGAAGUCCUGGAGUGAAAACAAAAGGCUUUGUUUACAGAUGAAGUGAUAGAUGAUGAUUCCCUAAUUACAGUAAUAGGAUUAUCCUAUUGUGAUGCUUUCAUCUCAUCUUUCUGUCCUUUUCAGGCUAAGUGACAAAUAUCUCUCUUCAUGCAUAGACUGUGAAAGUUGAGGAGGCAAGGCGGUGAGGAUGGGGUGCCAGGUAUGCACCAUGUCAAUUGUCCUUUCUUUUAUUUAAUGAUUAACGUGAAAGUGUACCUAUGUUUCCUACAUCUGUAAUGACAAAAAAAGCAGAAUUUCUCAUUUCAACUCAAUGGUUUAUAUUCGCAUGUAUAUUAAAAAUAUUGUAACAUUGCGGAGAAUGCACAAAUAAAUGCUGAGGUGAAAUGCGAUACAAGAGGUCAGAUUAAAUGAUCAAAUGGUCUUUUCUGGCCAUUAAAGUGUUAAAAGACAUCACGUCUAAUUUCUCAAAAGACACCCUUGUUACUCCAAAUGCCCCCAAAAUUGGUCUUGGAAAACUGAGUAAAUGUGUUACGGAUACUUUUGUAAUAUAGCUAAGAAUACAAACUAAAUGUAACUGCUGAUGAAUGAAAAUCAUUUUAAAUAGUAAAAGUAUGACAGUGAGUUCUAAAAAGUUAUUUUAGUAUUUACAUUCAGUUUAAAAUAAUUUACAACAGAAGAAGGUAUUAUAAAGGGUUGCAGUGAGAAUUAAAUUAAUGUUAAAAAAAAAAGCACAAAAGCAUUUAAGCACAAGACCAAUGAUAAAACAUCAAUAUACUUGACAUAUAUAUAUGUGUGUGUGUAUAUAUAUAGAUAUAUUUAUACAAAAAUUCCUUGUUUGUCUGGAAGUUUUCUACUUCUGCUCUGCUCCUAUACAUACGUUUCUCAGUAUUACUGAGAGUAAAUAAAUGGGUUUACUUAUGGUGAAGAGUUGUAAGUCCUUUCAGGAUUAGCAGUAUGUAUCUGAGCUGUCUGUUUUCUUGACACUGGGUAGCAUCAGACCAUACUAUGGUGAUUUGCUGAGGAGAUGAAAAUCAAAUAAAUGAAAAACAGUAUC